CUUGGGGUGGUUUGUCAUCAGGGUAGGAAACUUCAAUAGAAGAUGUAUAAGCUUUCUACCUUCAGUUCCAUGCCUCCUGCAAUUUUCUUGCAGCCUAGGAUGUCUCAUGCAAGCUUGAAAGUCCAAGAGGAUGGAAUAGGUGUUUGUACAAGGGUGACCCGGAACUUGAACAUGGAGAAGCUGAGAAAUGGUUAUCUGUUUCCUGAGAUUGCUAUGCGUGAGCUUGAACACAUGAAGAAGUAUCCAAAUGCGAAAGUGAUAAGCCUUGGGAUUGGUGAUACCACAGAGCCUAUACCGGAUAUCGUAACAUCAAGCAUGGCAAACCAUGCACGUCGGCUUUCGACGGUUGAAGGUUAUAGAGGGUAUGGGGCAGAGCAAGGGAACAAGGCACUUAGGAAGGCAAUUGCAGAAACCUUGUAUGGAGAUCUACCCAUUAAAGACACAGAAAUAUUUGUCUCAGAUGGUUCUCAGUGUGAUAUUUCUCGCCUCCAGCUGCUUCUGGGAUCCAAUGUGACCAUUGCUGUGCAAGAUCCAACUUUUCCAGCUUAUAUAGAUUCGAGUGUCAUAAUUGGUCAGACCGGUGACUUCCAAGAUGAAACUGGCAAGUACCAGAACAUCAAAUACUUGCCAUGCAGGCCACAGAAUAAUUUUUUUCCAGACUUGACUACAACUGCAACCACAGAUGUCAUAUUCAUCUGCUCUCCAAACAAUCCCACUGGCCAUGCAGCAUCCAGGAAGCAGUUAGAGCAGCUAGUGGAGUUUGCAAGGGCAAAUAGAUCAAUUAUUAUUUUUGACUCUGCCUAUGCAGCUUAUGUCACAGAUGAAAGUCCUAGAUCAAUCUUUGAGAUUCCUGGUGCCAGAGAGGUUGCCAUUGAAAUUUCGUCCUUCUCCAAAUUUGCUGGAUUCACAGGUGUCCGUCUUGGUUGGACAGUGGUCCCUGAUGAACUCUUGUUUUCGAAUGGCUUUCCUGUCAUAAAAGAUUUCAACCGCAUUGUAUGCACUUGCUUCAAUGGAGCAUCCAGCGUAGCUCAGGCGGGGGGACUAGCAUGCCUUUCCUCAGAUGGAUUAAUGGCAGUGCAAUCUGUGGUUGACUACUACAAAGAGAAUGCAAAGAUCCUGGGUGACACUUUCACUUCACUUGGUCUAGACGUAUAUGGUGGCAUAAAUGCCCCUUAUGCUUGGGUGCGUUUUCCAGGUAUGAAAUCUUGGGAUGUAUUCACUGAGCUUCUUGAGAAGACACACAUAAUAACAGUUCCAGGUUGCGGAUUUGGACCUGGGGGUGAAGAGCAUAUUAGAGUUAGUGCUUUUGGACACAGAGAAUGUAUCUUAGAGGCCUCAAGGAGGCUGAAAAGCCUUCUUUCCUAGGAGAAAGAUGCUUCACUUUGGUUGUUAUAACCAUAUAUCUAUCUAAUACUAAAUAAAGUAAACCGAAGUUCAACAGACCAGAUUUUGAGUUGGCAUAUAAUAAAAUAUCAGCUCAUAUCUUGUUAUGUGAAGAUAUAGCAAUAUAUUCAAAAAAAAAAUCAAUAAAUAAAGAAAAAGAAA